CGAUAUUGGACAAACGCAAAACGGAAUGAUAUUUAUGAAACGGUGAGACUUUGUGUCAGAUUAAAUUUUUCAAUAAUUUGUCUCCUUGUUCUUCCAAUUUACAAUUAUUCAAGCCAAAUUUGCUAUAAUGGCACCACAUAAUAUGUUUUCCUUAAGUUGUUUCGCAGGUGUGGUUUUUCUAUGUUCUGGAGUGUCCACUGAAGGGAUCCCAAACGGCGAGAAAUGUCGACCGACUGACAUAUGCAAAGGGAACAACGCGACAUGCCGGGAUGGAUUUUGUGAAUGUAUGGAUGGAUUAUAUUACCAAUAUGCUGAAUUAUCCGGCGACUGCAAAGGAUACGCCCAAAUUCGUCGCAUUUUGACCACGGAUGAUCACCCCUGGAUGAUUUUGAACCAAACGUGCCUCAGCUCAAAGAAAAUGAGCGCCUUGUCCUGCCGACAUUCGCCAUGUUAUACCGGACUACUUAUCGAUAUAUUGCGUACUAUCGAUUUGGAGUACCAUAAUCUGGAAAACUGCACGAUUCAAGGGAUCGAAACGUUCGGAAACUUUACAAAUACGGGUCGCCGUAUGAUAACCAGGAAUGACACUGCUCGUCUAAUGGAUCGCUGGGACGCUGAUCUCGCUUUAGUAAUCAUGAACGAUAGAAAUUCACAAAAUCAUGCCCGUAUUGAUGCACUUUCUUAUGCCAAAAGCCUCGGGUAUCGGAAACGUUCAUAUAUUGAUAUUGAAUUUAUCUUGGGAAUUGAAGAUCUUGGCAGCAAAAAAAUAAUGUCUACCUUGAUAGAAAAGUGGUUUGUAAAAAACAAAGAGUUGUGGACGAAGAAAAAACAGAGGACUAAUUUUACACCGCUACAGGAAUGCCUUUAUAAAACGGAUUGAGUAUUUUAAGGAUGUAGUGUUAUCGUGUACUAACAAUGGAGGUUUGCCACCGUAUGCUCUCAGAUUUGGACCUAACUAGCAUCAAUCGAUAACAAAUAUAAUUAGUAUCGAACAUGCAAAUGGCAAUAUCUACCAAUGCGCAGGUUUGGCGGAAAGCGGAAAGAAUGCGCAACAAAUUUGGAAAUGGAAAAAUUUGCCAGCCUUGGGGUGCAUUUUCUCCUCUUUUUAUGCAAAUAUCUCCACUAAACUUGCGGAUUGGCAGAUAUUGCCAUUUGCAUUUUUCAUACUCAUUAUAUUUGCGAUCGAUUGACACCAGUUUGGUCCUAAUCUUGGAUCACACGUUGGCAGACCUCCAUUGUAAGUUAAAGUCGUCCAGUAUCCAAUUACGUGGGUAAAUAAUUUAGUAUGCACCCCAUUUUUAUUUGUGGAGGGAGUC